CAUACCCUAUAAAAGAACGAAAACUAAUAUGAUAUUAAUUUGAUGAAAAUUUCCAGCCUGCCCUAAAUCGAAUUAUUAUGUGUUUCAGAACACUCCCCUAACCAACUCUAAAAUCGAGGAAUUCUUUUCCUACAUAACGCAGAUACAGUGCAAGGACCCGUAUAUGCGCAUGGCUGAAGCGUUCAUGCGCAACGUGCACGUAACAAGUAUCCUCAGUCAGUAUAACCCUCGUCAAAACAUCGCAAUCCACAGGUAUCUUUUAUUUGUCCUUGGUUUCUGUUCAAAAUAAUCCAAAAUUCCGUUUGGAACCAUUAAAAGUGGUGCCAAAUCAAUAAGCGUGAAAGAAGCAUAUAGGAUGGAUUUAGAUGCAAACAGGAAAUUCAAUUGGAAAGAAGUCUACAAAUGCCUUUCAAAUCCAAAAGGGUCGGCACUUGUGCUGAACAUCUAUUCAUACCCCCAUCACAAACUUGAUGAGAAGGAGCGCAAGGGUUCAGAGCACGACACGUCACACAUGACUGAACUCUUAAACGAGCUAGGCUUUCAAGUUACCAAUGUCCCCAAAUAUCCUGAGAGUCUUAAGGAGGAAAUUACUGCGGAGAUGUUCAAGGGAGCCAUCAGAAACUUUGCUCAGAGCAUAGACCACUACCACGCUGAUGUGUGUUUCAUGGUGAUCAUGGCGCACGGCGAACAGUUGAAGAGCAGUGGAAACGCAAUCUCGUGCUCGGACGGCAAGUCGGUGCCUUUGACUUGGAUCCACUCACAGUUUAGCUCAAUGGAGUGUAAAUAUUUGAUAGGCAAACCGAAAGUCUUCUUUUAUCAGAUCUGUCGGGGAUCACAUUCUCAGGACCCUCAGGUGGAUCAGUAUAAUCUUGAUGUGACUGCUGAAAGAUCCAGCUCUACGUUGGAUUGUACAGACCAUGAAGAUACAGCCUUCGAGUCUCCUAAAAAUCUCGUAAGGAUGCUGGAUGACAUGCUAGUUUGUCAUGCUGCUCCUCAAGGAUUUGAAGCUCUACGAGACAGAGAGGUCGGCUCUGUUUUCAUCCAAACCAUAAUCGAGGUUUUUGUUGAGAUGGCCCAUGAUACGCAUGUCCAAAGGAUGAUGGUCGAGGUCGACCGACGUAUUAAAAAGAAGAGCAAUGCAACGUUCUCUCAAACGACCACAUAUGAAUCCAUUGGUUUCAACAAAGUACUAUACCUCCAUCCUCACCUGUACCGAAAGACUGAAGAAGAGCCAGAAGAAGGCGCAUGUGGCGUCACAGAAAACGCUGGGACCUCUAAUGGAGGAGACUGUUGAUUUAAAUCUCGGUUGCUAAUUUAUAUUAUUUAUGAUUUGCGCUAAUUGUGUAUGUAAUUUUGACGACGUUCCUAAGGUGCUAAGGUUACAUUCUCAAAUUUUUGGUCUUUUAGCGUAGAAACU